CACCAUCAGUACUUAUAUCAAGUAGUAGACAUUGUCAUCUUUAUAAGUAUACAAAAUGUACAUACUGAAAUUAGUUUGUUUGUUUUCAGGAUACAUUUAUACAAAAGCCUCUGUAAAUCUCGCCCUACAUCGACCAACAAUUCAAUCGUCAGUGUUUCAAAUUCAUAACCAGACUCUGUCUUCCAAUAGAGCAGUAGACGGGAAAUAUGACCUCAAUGUAAAUGAUCUGUCGUGUGCUGUGACCAAGGGAAAUGCCCUCGAAGUAUUUUGGCGGGUUACGUUGGAUCAGAUUUCUAUCAUAAGUCAUAUUCACUUUGUAUUUGAAAAUACAAAAGAAAUAGUAAGCAUCUUACGGAACCAUGAAGUGUAUGUAUCUUUCAGUCCUAAGGUAAAAACAGGUUCGCUCUGUUACAAAGAAACGCGAGAACACCCUAGUAGCCUGACCAAUGAAGUAUACUGCUUAUCACAAGGGCGCUAUGUUACUUACUAUACAAACCAUUUGUAUGAUAACAAAGUUGCGCUCCUGUUACUAUGUGAAGUUGAAGUUUAUGGUUGUCCGAUGGGCUUCUAUGGACCUGAAUGUAGCGAUAGGUGCAGUACCAACUGUAGAAAUCAGCCAUGUGAACCAGAUUUCGGACGUUGUUUAGGCGGAUGUCAACCGGGAUUCACAGCCGAUCAAUGCAAUAAUGAAUGUGAUAUUGGUUGGUAUGGCAACGGUUGUGCCUUAACAUGCAGUCCAACAUGUCUCAACGAUGACUGUUUUAAUACCAAUGGAACUUGUAAACAGUGUGUCCCUGGUGCUACAGGAGAUAUGUGUGAAAUAAAUAAUAGUACAGCUAAUACAGAUACAAACCCGACAGUUCCAAACGAAGGUUCGAUGAAUGAGAUAUUAAGCGCUAGGAACAAUGGAAAGUACCUAAUAGCAAUCGGAGUGCUUGGUCUAGCUUUGUUGGUUUUAAUCAUCAUGUUGCUGUGUUAUCGACUGAGAUACAAAAAAAUGGAAAAGUUGAUAGUAGCGACCAACAUAUCAUCACCUACGGGCACAAAAUAUCCUAAUCCUGAAGAUGAUCCCAGUUAUCAUUCUUCCGAUCAGCGUCAGCUUUAUCCACCGUCAGGACAUCCUUUGACCGAACAAAACCACAGCACCACCAGAUCAAGUACAGUUCAUAUAUAUGAUUCUCCUAGUACAGAUUCAAACGACAAAAACUACAAUGCAGUUGAUGGCAAGGGAAAUACUCUGUCAUAUGCAAAUGCAAAAUUUGGAAAAGAUCCAGGACUAGAUUAUGAAGCUUUAAGAAGAGAAGGGAUUUUCCCCAGAGAAAGUCAUCAUAUCUAUGACCCUCUACACUCGUAAAAUUGUGAAAAGAAUUUUUACUUAUGUUUUAGAAUAGUAAUAACUUUGUGAAUGAGUCAGACUUUAUCAAUUCAAAAUAUAAGGCAUUUUGGGUGAUA